UAGUAGGUUGCUAGCCCCAGCUGAUCGAUAGCGCACUGAACACACAUCCGGAAUCAGCAGCCUACGUUCACUUCACCCUCCCGCCCAAGCACGCAAUGCACCACCGGACAACGUGUCGCCGCCGUCUCCGGCACGUAGCCACGAGGUGGAGCCCCACGUGCCCGGACCGCCGCGCCAGUGCCGUCUUAUUGGCGGCCGCUUCCUCUGUCUUAACCAAUACCUCGUGGCGCCGGCGCGAGUACGACCAAAACCCACUAACACACCGAUCGACCGGCUGGGAGCAAUGGCGUUCGUCAUGGCGACGCAGCGCCGCGUGGAGGCGGCAGUGAAGGCCAACGAGAUCAUGGCACGGUUCCGCCCCAUCGCGCCGAAGCCCGUGCUGACGCCGCCGCCCACGAGCGCCGUGAUCCUGUCCUCGCAGAGGUGGUCGGGCAAGCGCGGCGGGCGGGAUCUCGUUCCUGCGCCGUCGGACAAGAGGCUCAGGGGCGCGCCGUCGUCUUGUCCUUGCCCCCUCUUCCGCGCGUCGCCGUGGACAUGGUCUUGUCUGGAGACGGCACCGGCAUCCUCAAUUAUCCCCAUGGAGCGCGACCAGGCCCGGAAGGUCAUCGCGCCCCGUCCCGCGCGGCCCGUUCGCACCACCGUCUGCGUCGACACCAGCAGCGUCACGGGCGCCAACCCGGUGAAGCUGGCCGCCUGCAGGAUGACGGCGGAGCGGCUGGUGGCCGAGAUGGAACGCGACGCGCUCCCGGCCGUCAUGUCGGACCCCGGCAACCGCGUCCUCCGGGCCAACGACGCGUUCAAGGCGCUGGUGGGGCAACCGGUUUGCCCGUGGCUUGGCUCCCUGACCCUGCCUGGUGACGCGGCCGGCGCGUCGUGGCGGAUCAACGGCGAGGUGGUGCUGGACGUGCGGAGGUUCUACUCCACUGACGAGCCGGCUAGGGCGAGCGCCGGAGGGGCAUUCUCGUGCAACUCCAGGAUCUUGUGGGAGCGCAACGGCACGCUCACCUCCGUCGCCGCGCCGUGCGACGUCAUGCGUUUUGACUGCGGCUCCGGUGGCUGUCUGUUCGUCUGGAGGUUUGACACCACCAGAGGAUCCGUCUUCUACUGCCCGGCGCGCGUAACUAAGAUCGGCGGGAGCAGUAAUUAAGAGCACAAGUUUCCAUCGCAUGCCGAUGGAAGCGAGCUGAGUAAGUAGCAGAAUUGCUACUCGAUCGUUUUGUUAGAGAAUUGAGUUUGCUGC